CUGAGAUCGACAGGAAGGGCGUUCCAAAUUGUUGGACCAGCAAAUGCGAAAGUGCGCUUUCCGUAAGUCUCAAGGCAAACACGUGGUGUCGAGAGUUUGCCACUAUCUGAUGAGCGGAACUCUCUAGUGGGUACAUAAGGCGUCAGCAGCUCUUUCAGAUUGGACGGUUCCAGGUAAUGUAAGCAGCGGUAGCACAACGUUGCGAUUUUGUACUCUAUGCGAGCACGCACCGGCAGCCAGUGCAGCUCUCUCAGAAGUGUUUUUGCAUGGUCGAACUUGCGUUUGCGGAGUACAAUGCGAGCCGCAUUAUUCUGUGCUAUUUGAAUUUUAUCCAGGAACGUAGCUGGAAGACCCACCAUGAGAGCAUUGCAAUAGUCCAUGCGUGAUAGCACAAAUGCAGACAUCAGCCUCUUUGUUGCAUCAAUUGUUAGAAAGGGCCUGAUGUGACUAAUCCUGCUCAGCUCCAGAAAAAUCGCCUUGCAUAGCAUGUUAAUAUGACUUUCAAAAGUUAGUCUUCUAUCUAGGUAGACACCCAGGUAAUUAGAGGUAAAUGUAAAGAAGAGAUGACAUGUUUUAUUCCCAUGGCCGCCAUCUUGGUUGACACGACCUGUGCUAUACUAUAUGUUAAUUUAAUAACCUUAGGGCCUAGUAUAUUAGUAUGAGGCCCUAUUAGCUUUGGAACAUGCACACAAAGGGAUCAUUGGUGGGAUUUAAAAUGCGGUCACCAGAGUCUCAUAACCCAAAUGAGAACAGAACGAACGCUGUCUGACUUGAAGCUACCAGGUAUCUAAAAAGAUUGGAUUCUCAUUGGGAUCCAAGGUGCUGCCACUGUGGGGAGACAGUUGUGCACUUGGUAGCCGAGUGCCCAAUACUGAGAACUGGUGGAGUUGGGAUCACUCCUGAAAGUCAAGUUAAAACUCUAAUUUAUGGUGUUUGCCAGAGCCAUCAAAGAGUAAUAGCUCUGCCCCUAAAAGAGAAUGAAUUAUUUAGUUUUAGGCUAAACUAAAUUUUAAUUAUAAUAAUAGUUUUAUAGAUCCAAAGAAAUAAUAACAGAUAUGAUUGGAGACUGAUGUUCCGGGUAUCAAUAAAAUUUUAAUUAAACAAAAAAAUUAUUACAUUUAUAUUCAGAGGGUGUCUAAAUUUUGUGACAAGUGUGUGAUUAUAAUUUGGCGUAUAUUAAUAAAUUAUUUUACCAUGUAUUUUGGCUACAAGCCCACAUCAGUUAUAAUACAAUUUGUUUCUGCAGAGACUGAGAGAGGGUGUUCUCAAUGAUUUGGAUCGCCAACAACGAAAGCUACUGAAUAUUCACCAGCUGCAAGUACAAUCAGAUCUCACAAAAAUUCUUAAGGAACACCAAAAAGAACAAGAUGAGAAAGAUAACCAAUUAAAUCAUGUUGUCAGAUGACAGGAGUGUUUCAUUUUUUUGUGUCUUUCAAAAAUG